CAGAUUAGACCUAUUUCUAUUUUGACAAGCGACAGUGUGCGCUCUUCUUCUUGAAAUCACUCAAGCGUGACAUUUGCUUGACCGCGUUUUCUUUUUCUUAAGCGUUCUAAAUGAAAUUUAAUUAAUGAAAUACAUUUAAAUACAGAUUAAAAAUGGAUUUCGAAGAAAAAUUGAUCGAAGAAAUUAGAAAACAGCCGAUACUCUACAACCUUGGUCUUAACGAUUACAAGAAUUUAAGAAAAAAGGAUUCAGCAUGGAAGGAAGUGGCUUCUGCUAUGAAAUGUGAUGAAGUUCAAUGCAAGAAGCGCUGGAAAGGUAUACGUGAUUGCUACAAACGAAUAAAAAGAUCGCAGCAGCUUGCUUCGGGAAGUGGCGCUCCAAGUCCUAAACGUAAGUGGCGCUAUAUGGAAGCAGUAUCUUUUCUGGACGAAGUGCAAUCUUCCCGAAGCUCAGUUGGAAAUGUGAACGAAAUUGACUUGGAAAGCACUAUAGAGGAAUUACCGCCUUUCACCGAGAUAAAUUCAACAGAGGUUUCCACUAUUGAGUCUCCACGAACCAGUUCCAGCUCGCGCAAGGAAAAUCAGCAAAAAUUCAAUGACUUCUUGGAUCACGCUGCGCAAAGCAUAUCUAUGACUUGCGCUGAAUUUAGUAACCAAACUAAAGAACUAGACUCCACUUCCCUCCAUUUUCAAAGUUUAGCCAACAAAAUAAAGGAGUCAGGCUUGUCCAUGAAUGCCGUAAACGAGAUUGAGGCGAAAGUGUCUGCUCUGGUUUUUGCGGAGAUGCAGAACUAUUCAUCAAUUGAAUUUUAAAAAUUUGUUUUGCAACGUUUUACCUAAUACAUUCCAAUAAAAGUACAAUCAUAUCAUAUCGCACACGAUCUACAAAGGUGACGCAGCUCAAAAUAACACGUUUGCCAGAAACUGCGAAAAACGACUUUAGACUUUACCAAAGGGUCUUUUCAACAAAUUAUAACAAGAAUUUGCUCCAGCUUUUGCUCAAAGGUAAAUAAAAGCUCUGCGUACAUUUUUA